CGACCCUUUUUAAUUUCCCCAGCCGGAGGAUGUCCCUUAUUUGUACUCACUCCCAGCGCCUCCUCUUCCUAACACGUACCGGUGUGGGAAAUAAAGAAUGGGGUCCGUUAAUGAAAUCAAGAUAACGGCAACGAGAAGAACUGAGAAGAUGGAUGCUUGGGAGCCUCGUAUGGCGACGUUUCCUCUGAAUCCGACUCAGACUCCGACCACUCUCUUCCUCUGCCCUCCACUUCCACUGAUAUGGCCCCCGAGACAUUCAUGCCUCUGCCGCCGCCUCCUGCAGCUCUGCUUGACUUGCCUUGUUUACUGGGUUCGUUCUAUUGCUUGGAAUUCAGUCAAGCUAGUCGAGUUAGAAGCUUCCUCAUGUAUGGCAAUUAUGCUCUUCAUGUUUACAUUCCAGAAACCCCUUACCAGCCAAUUACCGAGUACUGGAGCACCUGAGGGUGAUGAUGAUGAUGAUGAAUCUCAUGAUAAGCUGUAGACGGAGAGGGCCAUUACAAGGUGAUUCCAAUUUGGUUUAGUUUAUUUUUUUUUUCUGUCUGAAGUUCAAGGGAGUUAAAGUUAGACCCUUUCUUGUGAAUUCCCUUAGCCAGUGUUCUUCUAAUCGAUGUUUCUUUUCUGUUUUUAUUUCUGGAAGUUGGUUUUGAUUAAUUUAUUAUUUAUAACAAUCAUUCGGACUUCGAAAGUUAAUGAUAGAUUUGCAUUUCCAUUCCGAAUUGUGGAUUGCUAUGGUCUUCAAUUGAGCUAUUUUGAUUUUGAACUUAAUUGCAUUAGGAUAAUUGAUUUUGUUAGUUUUUUUUUUAAUUUCAGUUUGAAGCCUUUCAUGUUAUUUGAUGGACGAAAAAAGAUCAAUUCAGUAUUGCUUAUCCUGUAUGGUCAAGUUUCAGUGAAGCGCCCUUAAUGUCUGACUCAAGAAAGAAUUGUUUCCCCUUAAACGCUUCUGUUGCAGCAAUAUCUCUUACUUCCCUCAAGAAUAUGAAGGGUUUUGGUUUGAAGGCUCAAAUCAAAUACUAUCGUAUGAUCAAAGGUUUAUUGAUAGAAUUCAUCGUUUCUUCUACUUUGGGAAUGGAUUUAAUAACUCAGUUGAGGGGUAGUAGUUUUUCCUUCAUUGACACUCUGUGUUUAGGAUGAGACCAUAAGGUUAGAGGGAUGUAAAAAAAAAAUAGUUUCACUCUUUGCAUGAGAUUAAAGAAAUGCACGAUUUGAACUAGAAGGAUCAAAGACUUAGAGGAUUUUCUAUGUUAGUCACUUAGGCCCUUAUUAUACUCAUUAGAAAAUUACAUAAACUAGAUUAAGCAACUGACAUAUAUCUUUAGAUUGCUAACACUGCAUGUCUCUAUAUUAUUUCUUUUAUGUUUCUAACAUUUUCAGCCAUUUGUGAUUAAUAGACUAUAUUAAGCAACUGGACGACCUAUAUGCAUGCAUUUCUUUUUAGGUUGCAACUGUAGUACCUUUGAUAAACUUGAAUGUACGGUACCUAGUACAAAUGGUCCACUAACUUGCUACCAUAUGUUCUUGAUUUACACCUAGGAUUAUUAACAUCUGAUCAUAAUUUGCUCGUAUGCCCCUAAAUAUUUGAUAAUUCUUUUGAAUUUGUAAGUUAUCGCCAUUACAUUCUCAGUCUCAUUUCCUAUCUUUUUCGGUUUUUCCAUUUCCUUAUACUCCAUUCCCGUUGUUUCUCUUAAUCGUUUAUGGCUAUCUCCUUUCUGUCCGCCAGUGGCUACUGCGGUUAGGGGUCUUGAUAAUAAAGGAUGGGUUACACGAGGGUUUUGGCUUACUAUUGGCGGUCGUGCCGAUAGGCGAUAGAGGAGAUGUAGGGUUCCAUGGCUUACAUGGGGAUUAGAAUCACCCGGACCCUAUAUUUGAUUGGAAUUGAUUUUCCCAAUAUUCCAACAAAUGAUACCUGGGAGAUUAUGUUUGAAAAUAUCUUCCAACUUUUUAAUUCCAGCUUUGAGCCACCAAGAGAAAACCACCUGUCUAAUUGAACUAUGUGGAGCAGCGAAUAGGAUGCCAAAACUCCCCAUAAAGUAUCUCCAAAUAGGCUGCACAUAGUUGCACUGAAAAAAGAGAUGAUCCAUAGAAUCACUAUGCUGCCUACACAUAGGGCAAAUAGAAGGGUUAAGAAUCUUUUGAAUUUUGUUAAGAUUGUCUGUGAUAGGGAGAUUCUUUUAACUGCUGAAAAAGUUUUGUUAGAAUCUAAUUUUGUUAGAAUCACUAUGCUUAUGAGAAGUUUCCACUGAAAAACUUUGACUUUUAACUGCUGCUUAGGAUGUCAGAUAUGUUUAAAAGUAAAGGCACUAGAUAGUUCUUCUCUGACUACUAUAUGCAGAUUGGACGAAGAAUUGUCCAUCAUCUGAUGGGGCUCAAAUGCCCAAAAUAGUUCACCAGAGGAACUAGUAGAGCAUAAAGGUAAAGCUGAGGAAUGAAUAGAACAAAUUCUUCUCCAAAUGGCAGAAUCCGAGACUUUAGGAAUCAAUGAAUCAUAGUCACCCCUAGGAAAUCUGGCUCUAGCUAAUUAUACCUACUGCAAACCCUAGUUCGCUGGGAGCGUGUGGAUGGGCUACUGGGCUGCAAGGAGGAUGCUAUUGGGUGAUGCGGAUUUGGGCCUAUGCUGGGCUCUGGUUUCUGCUGAUGCCUUUUAUUAGGCCGCCUGGUGGGCUGAAGCUGCUCCAGCCUAACUUAGUAUGCUGUUUUGGGUUUUGGAGACUGAAUUUGUGAUAUGAGCCGGGGCAUGUCCCGUGCUGUUUUGGUGGAUUUUGCCUAAAAAUCUCUCUCUCCCAUCACCGCAAGGCGGGGGAGGGGAUUGUUAGGUUAGAUACUAUUUUUCUUAGACUUGCUAGCUUAGAUAGUUUGAUACAUUGUAUAUGAUACUGUUUUCUGGCCUAUAUAUUUACAUUUCAUCCAAAAACAAUCUUAUGUUUGGCCUUACUAUGUUACUGUGG